AAAGUUAGCAACUGUUUUUUUCUUUCUUCAUUUUAACCCUUUUCUUGAUAUUUCUAAUAAAAGAUUCUUUUUUCAAAAUUAAUUUUCUCUCUCUGUGUACAAGUGUUUUUGUUGAAAGUUGAAAGGUCCAGGUUUGGGAACACCUAGGAAUAUCUUUGUUUGUUUAAGUUUGACUAAUAAACUUUUGGAACACUUCAACCUUCAAAGUUGGUUGAUUCCCAUUAAAGUUGCCAACUUUGGCUUUAUUUUCUCUCUCUGAUAUGUAUUUGUCAGCUUUUUUGUAUUUGUUUGGGUUAAAAAUUUUGUGUUUGGAUUCUUGAAUUUUCAGAUUUCAAAGGUUUGAUCAGCUGAGGUAAUUGAAUGAUUCAAAAUUGAGGGGUUUUGGAGUUUGUGACUUUGCUGAAAAGGGUCGUUUUUUUUGUGGGAGAAUCUUGGUUUUUCAUUUGGAUGGUUUUUGGUUUAUGUUAAGAAGUUUUUGUUUGCUAGAUGGAUCGUUUUGGAUGUAUCAAGAAAUUGUAAUUAUUGAUACUGAGGGUAUAGAAGUAGGAAAAGAUUGAGAAUUUUUGUAUGAGGGACAUGGAGAAAAAAGAGGGAGAGAAUUGGAGGGAGAUGGUGAAGAGAAUGCUUCCUCCAGGAGUUUCUCUCCCCGAGGAUGGCGAAAAUAUAGAAUAUUCAAUAGCAAUGGAGUAUACUGGUCCUAUGUUAUCAUAUGAGGUUCCUAAAGUAGAGCCACUUGAUGUGAAUUCUAUUGCAAUUCCGACAGCGGAACCUCUUUCCGAAUCAAGAAGAUCAUUGAGUAGUAGUGUUGCCCCGGUUGUAGAACCUAUUCCGUUGCCAGUAUCUCGUAUUGCUGGUGUAACAAGUCCCCCUAGUCAGAGUCCAAGGGUGUCUUUUAGUUCUGAGUCCCAAGUGUCAGUCUUGCAGAACCCGGAUUCUUCUUCAGGUUCUCCCUCAGCAUCCCCGGGUUCCGCGGUGAAUCACCAGGGGAGUGCUGCAAUGCGUUCUGCGAAUGAAGGGAAAAGAGCCCCAGUAGUCACCUUUGUUGAUAGAUCUGAAAAGAAGACGGUGGAAAAUGAGAAUCAAGUCUAUCCAGAAUAUGUUGGAGUUUCUCUGGAAAGGAAGAAGAAAAAGAAGUCAAGAGUCUGUUAUAGGUGUGGAAAAGGGAAGUGGGAAAGUAAGGAGUCUUGCUUCGUUUGUGAUGCAAAGUAUUGUAGCAAUUGUGUGCUCAGAGCAAUGGGUUCAAUGCCUGAAGGGCGUAAAUGCGUGAGUUGCAUUGGCCAGCCAAUUGAUGAGUCGAAGAGGUCCAAACUCGGUAAAAAUUCUAGAGUAUUAUCACGUUUGCUUAGUCCUUUGGAAGUCAAGCAGAUAAUGAAAGCAGAAAAAGAAUGUGCUGCUAAUCAGCUCCGGCCUGAGCAGCUAAUUGUCAACGGAUUUCCUUUGAAGCCAGAUGAGAUGGCAGAACUCUUUGGGUGCGCUUUACCUCCUAGGAAGUUGAAGCCUGGGAGGUAUUGGUAUGAUAAGGAAUCUGGUCUAUGGGGAAAGGAAGGAGAAAAACCAGAUAGAGUUGUUAGUUCAAACCUAAAUUUUACGGGAAAACUUAGUGCUCACGCCAGCAAUGGAAGUACUCAGGUUUACAUUAAUGGCCGAGAGAUAACAAGACGUGAACUCAGAGUGCUCAAGUUUGCAAAAGUGCAGUGCCCUCGCGACACUCACUUUUGGGUCUAUGAUGAUGGUCGGUACGAGGAAGAAGGACAAAACAACAUUCGGGGUAACAUAUGGGAAAAGGCAACAACACGAUUUGUUUCCUCUCUGUUUUCCUUGCCUGUACCACAGGGUCAACUAUAUGGACAUAGAGACGAGCCUAGCAAUUAUACUACUGUUCCAAAUUACUUGGAGCAGAAAAGGGUUCAAAAGCUACUUCUACUUGGACUUGAAGGUUCUGGAACAAGUACUAUUUUCAAACAGGCAAAAAUUUUGUAUGGAAACAAUUUUACCACUGAAGAAAUUCAAGACAUCAAGUUGAUGAUCCAAAGCAGUAUUUACAAGUACCUGAGCAUUCUGCUUGAUGGUAGGGAGCGCUUUGAGGAGGAGUCUUUAGCAAGAGUAAAUGCGGAAGGUUGUAACACAGAAUCUGUUGAAGACAGCCAAUGUGUCUAUUCCUUAAAUCAAAGGUUGAAGCAUUUCUCCGAUUGGCUACUGGAUAUUAUAGCCACUGGAGAUUUGGAUGCUUUCUUCCCUGCAGCAACACGUGAAUAUGCUCCGUUGGUUGAAGAGGUCUGGAAGGAUCCUGCUAUACAGGAAACUUACAAGAGAAAAGAUGAGCUUCAUUUUCUUCCAGAUGUGGUGGAUUACUUCUUGAGCAAGGCUGUGGAGGUAUCGAGCAAUGAGUAUGAGCCUUCGGAGCAAGAUAUUCUGUAUGCAGAAGGAGUUACGCAAGGUAAUGGGUUGGCCUUUAUGGAGUUCCAAUUGGAUGAUCGUAGCCCAAUGUCUGAAACCUAUGGAGACAAUCUGGAAGCUCCUCCCCCGCUCACCAGGUACCAGCUAAUUCGACUAAAUGCCAAGGGAAUAAAUGAAGGAUGCAAGUGGGUGGAGAUGUUUGAAGAUGUCCGUGUCGUAGUAUUCUGUGUUUCCCUUAGUGAUUAUGAUCAUAUGUGGGUUGCUCCAGAGGAGAGUGGUAGUGGUGCGCUACUUCAGAACAAGAUGAUGCAUAACAAGGAACUUUUCGAAACACUGAUCAGGCAUCCUUGUUUCAAAGAGACCCCAUUUGUUUUAGUAUUGAACAAGUAUGACCUGUUAGAGGAAAAGGUCAACCGUGUGCCAUUGGGCGCUUGUGAAUGGUUCACUGAUUUCAAUCCGCUGAGACCACACACUAAUAGCCAGUCACUAGCUCACCAAGCAUAUUACUAUGUAGCAAAGAAGUUCAAAGACCUCUAUGCUUCCGUCACAGGUAGAAAGCUAUUUGUGUGGCAAGCUCGGGCAAGAGAACGAAUAACUAUUGAUGAGGCAUUCAAGUAUAUAAGAGAGGUCAUGAAGUGGGACGAGGAAAAAGAAGAGACUUACUAUGGCGGUGCAGAAGAUUCAUUUUACAGUACCACCGAUAUUAGCUCAUCUCCAUUCAUCCAGCAGCAGUGAAAUAACUCAACAUAUGUUGAUACUUUAGAUAGGAAAAAGAGAGGAGAAUGUAAAAUGGAAAUAAGUUGAAUUUGUAUUUUUCGUCAUCGCCUUUUCAUGGUUUAUACAGAUGUGAUUGUUUCAAGUGAUUAUCUGAGGUUUGUGCCAUCCUCUAGUGUAUGUUCUGGGCCUCCUCAAAGAUCUUGGAUGGCAAUGCAUGGUUGAGAAUAAAUACUUAUUUGCAUUCUACCUCA